AUGUCCACUCAUGAAGCACGCCCGCUUCAUUCUCAACAUGGGCUGUCCAUAUCACCACUCCAAGUCGUGACAGGCCUGUUCCUGCUGCGCACGUUGAACGCAUUGUGUACGGGGCGCACUUUCUUCCAGCCAGAUGAAUACUUCCAGGCCCUCGAGCCAGCAUGGAACCUCGCCUUUGGGGCCCAUAGCGGUGCCUGGUUGACUUGGGAAUGGCAAUACCAUCUGCGGUCCUCACUUCACCCGGCCUUGUUUGCCGUUGCAUACGCUGCCGCAGACAAGGUCAUGGCUAUCCUGCUAUUCAUGCCUGCACUAAAAGCUUCCGUUCUGGUUUUACUGCCCAAGCUGGUUCAGGCAUGUCUCGCUAUGCUGGCAGACUUUUACACCUGGCAGCUCGCCGAGAAGGUCUAUGGCCAGGGCAGCAGGUCCGCGUGGUCCGCCUUGUGCGUGACUGUGCUCAAUCCCUGGCAGUGGUAUUGCUCCGCGAGGACUUUCUCAAAUUCCCUCGAGAUGACACUCACCAUAGCGGCCUUGAACUACUGGCCGUGGGAAUUGCUGGGUGAUGCUUCAGAGACUCAUGGUGGUUCUCCAGCGAGACGUGAGCGCCUCGCCAGCCUCCGAGUAUCUCUCUUUCUUGCUGCCAUUGCUGUUCUCUUAAGGCCCACCAACGUCUUCAUCUGGGGGACUGUAGUCAUGGUAGCGUUUACCCGCUUGACGCUCCGUGGGAAAAGCCCUAUCACCUUGAGGGUAGCCCUGGUACUCCUCAGGGAGGCUGUCCUGUGUGGGAGUGCCGGCUUGGCCCUAUCAGCUGUCUCUGACCGUCUCUACUUUGGCGAAUGGACAUUUCCACCAUACCACUGGCUUCACUUCAACCUGACGCAAGACCUUGCUGUCUUCUAUGGAGAAAUGGCAUGGCAUUAUUAUCUAUCCCAGGGCAUUACACAGCUCACUAUGACGUUUCUGCCGUUUGCGCUUGAGGGCUUGUUCAGGUUCGCGGCCUCGUCCACUCCAGGUGCCACGGCAACGCAAUCAAAUACACUUAGAACGCUGGCCUACACGGUCAUUACCACCAUCGUGGUGCUGUCUGUGGUCUCACACAAGGAAGUCCGCUUCAUCUAUCCCCUUCUUCCAACUCUACAUAUUCUCGCAGCCCCGUGCUUCGCCUCUUUUUUCUCAGCCGCCCCAGGCCACCAGCCUUCCCAGAGCAGGACCGCGCUACUUACCGGUCUCAUUUCCAUCAACUUCGUCAUAGCAACCUACCUCUCCUUGUUCCACGUUGCGGCGCCCAUAUCCGUCAUGCACUUCCUUCGACAUGAAUUCGAACGACUUCAUCCCGACCGUCUCGGGUUUCACGCAGAGCAACCCGUCCUCAUCCACUAUCACGGCCUCACGCAGUCGCCACACCCAGCUCUCGGUAACGAAACCGACGAGCUCUUCGCCCUCUUCCUGACACCGUGCCACGCCACUCCAUGGCGCUCACACCUUGUCUACCCAACUCUUCGCGCGCGGGCAUUGACUUGUGAGCCUCCUCUGCAUACAGCGCCUCGGAGUGCAGAGCGAGAAGCCUACAUGGAUGAGACGAAGAGGUUCUUCCGCGGCUUCGGAUCCAGCAAUCAGUGGGGCGUCGACUUUCUGGCGGAGGAGAUGUGGCCACUGGCGCGUGGCGAGGACCAACUCGGUGUUGCAAGUCGAGGGGGCGAGGUGCCGCGAUACAUUGUUGGAUUCGAGAGCAUAGAAGGGGCCCUGACGGGCUUCCUUGCUACUGCAGACAUGGGAGUGAAGCUGAGGCGGGUUUGGCGAGGGUGGAACGGAUUGUUUAGUGAUGACGAGAGAAAAGAAGGUUAUCUGGUUGUUUGGGACACAGGAGUGUACCCAGAUGAGGCCAGUCCCUCUGCCAAGUGA